CGUGCGAUCGGUAUAUAACGUCGUCGGCUUAAACUUUGCUCGUCACUUGUGUUACGAGCGUGCCGCACGCGAAACCCUACAAACGCAUUUUUGUUGCUGUGUGAAUAAGAAAGAAUAUAUAAUUUUGAGAGAACUGCCAACUAAAAGCAUGGCGUAUUUAUUUUCAAUUAAGUGCAAUUAUUUAUCGCUGCCCUGUCAGCUUUUGCUGCUGGUGCUUCUUGUGUUCCCCUGUGCACUGUGUGCUGCCAAACAAUUGCCGCUGGCCAUCAAUCCGCUUGCUGCAACAGAAAAAACACCGACAAACAGCAGCAGCAGCAGCGGCAGCAGCAGUGAACAGCAGUUGCAACAGCUACGUCACGAAUCGUACGAUAAAAGUGAUGACGACACAUUGCAUCGAGAGCGUCGUCAAGUUUCUGAUUGGUUCAUAGCGCCGAAUACGCGUUGGUGCGGUCGCGGUAACUUGGCUAAUGGCACCUACAAUCAUCUGGGUGGCGCCUCAAUGGCCGACAAGUGCUGCCGGAAGCACGAUCAUUGCCGCAUGUAUAUACCGGCCAUGUCGAACCGCUACGAACUGUUCAACUAUCGUCCCUAUACGCUGUCGCACUGCAGCUGCGAUCGUCGCUUUCGCACCUGCCUGAAGAUGGCCAGCGAUGAGGAUGCCAACACCAUUGGCAAGCUCUUCUUCAAUGUGGUGCAGACGCAGUGCUUUGUGCUAAGAGCGGAGCAUGUGUGCCAGGAGCGUGGCACUGGCGCCGAUGCCAGCAAAUGCUUCAAGGAGGUGGUGCGUCAAAAGGCGCAUUUGCAAAAGAACAAAAAGUUUUAACAAAAUGGAAUGGAAUGCAGAUAAGUCUGUUCCCAAUUAAAAUACAUAUACAUAGCUGAUAUACACGAGCUGCCAAUAUUCCUAAGCAACAAUGAACAAACAACUAAAGCAAUUAACGUACUUAUUUACUAAAUUAUACUAAUCAAAGUACCAAACAAACAAACAAACAGUCUUGUAUAGUAGUAUAUAGUAUAUAUAUAUAUGUAUAGCAUACUAUCUUUUAUAAGUUGUGACGAAGUUUCGUUGCGCAUAAGUGUUCAAUAAAAAUGACCCCGAUAUUGGUCAUUUAAUUACAGUCGUUUGUCAGAGUCAGAUACAUAUAUAUAUAUAUAUAGAUGUUUACUAUAUCACUUAUGGCUUUUGAGCAGCGCUUGACUUGUUAACAAAUGAAUUAGAAUAACUGAAUUUUAUUAUACGCGUUGAAUUGAUUGAUUGACUGAACUUAAUCAAAAUUGAAAUAGAAAUAGAAUUAUGAACUUUAGCUUAUUUUAAACUGUCAGUAGUUAAGUACUAUUAUUAAUAAUACUAACCACAAUUUUUGAGCAGCGCUGCAAGUGAAUUCAAUGUACCGUUAUGUAAUUAAUUCGCUUACAGCGCCGCCUUCUAGUAGUUGUUAUUACCUUUUGUAGAAUACUGCGAAACAUAGGCUGCCUGUAAAACAAAGUUUUAAUUAGAUAUAUAAGCGUAUAACGUAGCCGGACUAGCCGUUAGCCGUUAGUAAGCCACGCAUUAAACUUAAAAUGUUUCCUAAUUUAUUAAUUAUUGAGGCAUGCACACACACACACAUGAAAUCUCUCUUUACAUCUUUACUAUGCCGCUCAUACUGUUGCCUAGCUGAGAAAUAAAUUAAACUGUGAAACUAUUUUUAGCCUGCAAUCAAUUUAAAUUCAUAAUAAAAAUCGAAAACCCCAAUUUUUACAGCCUGGAAUUUUGUACUUUGCACAUGGGGGUAGAGCUAAGAUUAUCAGUUAUAGACAGACGACAUAUGGAUGAGAGCGAACAUACAUAAUUAAAUUGUAUUUUCCGUCACAUUGACGUAGCCCAUUACCGAUGACCCCACUGAUUAUCGCUGCUGUGGGCCAAGUGACGUGUAUAUUUAUUCCUUUUCUUUUGAAAUUUGUUAAUUGUUGUUUAUAUUGUUCUAGAAGCAAUUGCGCUGCGUGCCAAUUAAAUUUG